CAUCCUGUCUUGGUUCAGCGCUUCCUCAUUCAACACAGAGGCUCCUUGCAGCAGCUCGUUUGAAUCUCAGCACUUUCAGACAGAAUACAGAGAGAUUCCACGUAGAGACAGAAGUAGCAGCUGGAGUGGCUGGUGAAGCUCGCAACAGGGGAUGAUUCCCAAGAUCUGGGAAGGCACAAAAAUGAAAUGGGAGACUGCUCUCUGGAUGGUUGCCUGCUUACUGUUUGCAUCUCUACCCAGAGGUCAACCAGACACAAUAUGCCAUGCGUUUGUUGGAGAAACUGUGGUUUUGCCCUGCACCACCACCCCUCCUGGAGAACAGGCCCUUUCCAAAUCCAUGCUUUACUGGCAGAUAGAAUCUGUCCUAGUGCACUUUUUUCACAAUGGGCAGGAUUCACUUAAGUUCCAGGACAAACAUUACCAUGGCAGAACUAGUCUUUUUUUGCAUCAGAUGAAGCAUGGCAACUUUUCCUUAAAGCUCUCCAAUGUCCAGUUACAGGAUGCAGCUGUAUAUACUUGCAUCUACAAACAGACUGGGGAUCAUCUCAUCAAAACACAGAAAUCAGAAAUUAAACUCAUUGUAUCAGCUCCAUCUAGCACUGAGAAAGCACCUUCCCCUUCUGGACACAGUCAGAUUUCCUUCAGAAGCCUUGCUGAUGCGCCGUGUCUGGCUAUGCUUCCCCUCUCUUUCCACCUGCUGGUCACACUAGGGGUUUGGCACUUGUAACUGGAGAAACCAACCUUCUCUUUUGGGAGCUUUCCUCACCAGAGGACCUUGAUGGGCAGAACAGCUCUGUAGAGCUGGUGUGAGAACCGUUUUAGAGCCAUGUGGAAGAAACACCCUUAGCUGA